CCAUUCGACUUUUCUUCCCACACUGAACACUGAGCACGCUUUCCUUGCAGCCGUCCGUGUCACUCUUUCCGCAUUCCGUGACCUCUGAAACAGCCAUGGCAGACAUUCCGGAAACUCCAACUGCUACCCAGAAACGCCCCCUCGAAGAACUCUCGUCGCCGUCUGGGCCAACAGACCAGCCAGAAGCCAAACGCCCUGCAUUAGACAAGAUCUUGAAUGAAGGUGGUGCCAGUAGCGCUGUGGCGGAUGCCGCGGCAAGUGCUGACGAAGGCGACGCUCCAGCAGGAGAGGCAGGGGUGAGAGUCGUGAGCACUGUUGAAGGAGCUCCAGAUGUUGCUGAAGCGGAGCCCGAGAGUAAUCACAAGUUAGCCGAUACUGUGGUGCCAGAUGCUCCUACCAAUGGCACUGCAACUGCGGGUCCUCCAAUCCAGGCUGCGGGCCAUGCGCCAAACACGUCACAUGCUGGACAGAACGGUCGCUCAGGCUCACAAGGUCCAAUGCCCUACCAUAAUCAGGACGAAACUGGGUGGCUGCACAUGCGCGCCAUCAUCUCAAGCGCGGAAGCUGCGACUACUAUUGGUAAAGGAGGUGAGAAUGUUUCACAGAUCCGCCGAUUGGCUGGUGCCAAGUGUACCGUCAGCGAAUACACUCGAGGUGCUGUUGAGCGGAUCCUGACAGUUAGUGGCCAUGUCGAUGCAGUGGCGAAGGCAUUCGGUUUGAUCAUCCGCACACUCAACCAAGAGCCGCUCGAAGAACCUUCGACACCGCAGUCCAAGACCUACCCUCUCCGAUUGCUCAUCCCUCACAUCCUUAUCGGUUCAAUCAUCGGCAAGCAAGGCGUCAGAAUUCGCGAGAUUCAAGAAGCGUCUGGCGCGAGGCUGAACGCUUCCGAGUCAUGCUUACCGCUUUCCACAGAGCGCUCGCUGGUCGUACUUGGUGUCGCCGAUGCGGUCCACAUUGCGACUUACUAUGUUGGUAGCACGCUCGUCGAGCAAUUGACCGAUCGCUUUGGCGGACCGGCUGCCUCGAAUUACGCUGGCCGUCACGGGGGCCCGCAGGGUGUUGUGCCCGGCGGCAUGCAAGUCGUCCCGUACGUUCCGCAAAACGCCGGCGGUCAGAUGGGUCACCCAGACAGCUACCGCAAGCAUGCACCUCCCCAGCAGCGGACGCCUGCUCCUGGCCCGUACGGCAUGCCCUACAUGCAUGGGCAACCUCCACAGCAACAACCACAACAAGGCAUGCCAGGCAUGGUGCCAGGGCAGCCGAUCACGCAACAGAUCUUUAUUCCCAAUGACAUGGUGGGCGCCAUCAUCGGCAAAGGCGGCGCGAAGAUCAAUGAAAUCAGGCAGCUCUCCGGAAGCGUCAUCAAAAUCAACGAGCCACAAGAUAACAACAAUGAGAGGCUUGUGACGAUUACAGGAACGCAGGAGUGCAAUCAGAUGGCGUUGUAUAUGCUCUACUCACGUCUGGGAGAGAGCAGUAAGAAUAGUAAUGCUGUCAUGCCGAGGUAGGCAUGUUCUUUGACACGGAAGCGUGUACGAUUACUGCAUGUAUCUGCUCGAACUCAUUGCGAUAGGAUUGGCUAAUGGACCAGUCUAUGGUCAACAGGAACAUGGUGCGGGUGCACGAUGGAGAGAGGGCAUCGUCACUUUGUUACAUGCCACAGUCCCAUUCCACAGAUGCUACUUGCGGCAAACGCGCGAAACCCAAGACGGCGAGAUCGCGGUUUGCUCGUAGAUGUCUCGCGAAAUGCCCGC